AAUAAAAAAAAUAAAAAACCCGAAGAAAAAAAGAAAAAAAAUCCAAAGAAACGACGUUAUAAACCUCUCUUCCUCUCUUCCUCUCUCUCCGAUCCCCCUACUCACACUCUUCGUGUUCUCCGUCUCUCUCUCUCUCUCUCUCUCUCUCUCUCUCUUCCAGACUCUUUCAAAUCCUUCUCUUCAAUCUCAGAUCUCUCUCGCUCUUUUCACUCAAUACCCAAAUGGCCUCUCUCGCAGGAUCGUCGCUUUCCUUGGCCUCCUUCAAGCCCAGCCUUGUUCCUGCCAGCAGGAUCUCUAAAGUGAAAUCAAUCUCGUUUUCGCCCCGCUUCCCGUCUCUCCGGUCGCAGCCUAGGCGCCUUCGAGUUUCCUGCGCUGCCAAACCAGAGACUGUCAAAAAGGUCUCUGAAAUAGUAAAGAAGCAGCUUGCUCUUCCUGAGGAUUCUUCUGUCAAUGGAGAAUCAAAGUUUGCUGCUCUCGGAGCGGAUUCUCUCGACACGGUUGAGAUUGUGAUGGGGCUUGAGGAGGCUUUUGGUAUCACUGUGGAGGAAGAAAGUGCUCAGAGUAUUGCCACCGUCCAAGAUGCUGCUGAUCUUAUUGAGAAGCUCGUUGAGAAGAAGAAGGCUGCUUAGAGUAGUAGUUUGGAGAAAGCAAUUUUCUCUAUCUUUGUUGUGGUUUUUCAUUUCCUUUUUUUUUUUCCUUCCCCUUGAAAAGGUUGAGCUACUAGUAGACUUUUAAUCUUAAAGUCCUUAAUGCUUUUAAGUUACUAAGGUUUCUUAUAU